UGAGGGGCGGGACCCGCGGGGGCGAAAUCUUUCCCGCACGGCGCUCCAGGCCCACGCUCCGGGUGCGGGCCCGCCAACCUCGCCGCUCGCGCCCUGCCUCCAGGUCCUGCUUCCUCAGGCCCAGCCUGCGCCCUUGUCUGGCUGGGCAUUCGCGCCCUGGACACUUCGCGAGUCACCCGACGUUUAUUGAGCACUGUGUGCCAGGCCCCAGGCGCCCAAGAUUGAACGACACAAAGCCUUUCACCCCUUAAAUUACUUUGCGAGACGAGGCGUCGCUUCGCGAGGAAGGGUGGGAACCGAGCUGGUCACAGACUUUGAGGUCUGCCGCCCACUUGGUUUCCAGCCAGACCCUGGACUUCCCCAAAACGUUGCUGGAAAGGAACAAGAAUGUCAUUUGGAUGAAGGCAGAGAUCUUGUCUCAUUCCCUGCAGCUUUCCUCAGGGGUGAAGCAAAUAAGAAACAAAUGAAUGCGUCCAUAAUUGCAAAUGGUGUGUACUUCAAAGGAACAGCACUUCUGGGUGGAGCCCUCUUGCUAUCAGCGGCUAGGGGCACACAGAGACCUCCCACGGGCCAGAGCCCUCUAUCACUUCAGAACCUGAACAGUGAUGACGGUUGCUGAGGACCAGACUUAUGAGUAUAUCCGCCACCAUUUCCGCAAUUUUUACCAUAUUCAUGUUCUGGAGAUUCUGCCUCACUUGUCUUGCCUCACAGCAAGUGACCAGGAUCUCCUGCGGGCCCACUACAAUCACAGAGGGAACCGGAACACCAUUUGGGAACUCUUCAACAGCCUUAAGCGGCGGAGUGGCUGGGUGGAGUCCCUCAUCCAGGCACUCAGGGACUGUGAGCUGGCUAACCUUGCUGAUGAAGUGGCCCGUGUCUACCAGAGCAACCUGCCCUUGAACCAAAGACGCCCCCCAGCCUCAUCAGAGCCGCCAUCAGCUUCUGCCAGGGCUCCAGGGCGCCCCAGGCCUGCUGUGGCCCCCAGCGCCUCAAAUGACAGCUACGACGAGGAGCCAAGUUACCCCAUGCCUGUCCAGGACAGCCAGUCGCCAGCGUCCCUGGGAGAGAGUUCAAAGGAGGCCCCAUACACGCCCAGGCCUGGAACUGUCGUGAUGAAGCCAAGUGGCCCCCAGGAGCCCUCCUCUGACACAGCAGCCCUCAGCCCUCUGACCCCCAGUGGGCCUCAGGAGCAGGACACAGAACUGGGCAAUACCCACACAAAAGUUUUGCCACCGGCAGCCAUGGUCUCCAGCCUUACAUCACCUCAUGGACCCGUAUCACCGACUGUCUCCUUCCAGCCCCUGGCCCGUUCCACCCCCAGGGCAAGCCGCUUGCCUGGACCCGCAGUGUCAGCUCUGUCUACUGGCACCUCCUCCUCCUCUACGGGGGAUGCUAGUGACCAGGCUGAGGCUACCAUCAGUUCCAGUGGGGUAGGGGUGCCCACCAACUCUAUGACCACCAGCCUAGCACCCUCCAAGGUCCCCCUCCACUCAGCACGUACCAGCACAGUGCCUUCCAACUUGCCCACCAGCUCAAAUCCUCCCACUAAUGUGCCUACUAGUGUUGUACCAUCCAAAUUGCCUAAGAACACAAUACAUGCUGGCACAGUGCCACCCAAGGUACCUACUCCCUUGGUGCCUGACCACAGGAUGCCCACAAGCUCAGUGCCCAGCAAGGUGCCUGCCAAUACAGCACCCGCCGUCAGGAGCAGCAACAGACACACACAGGACACACCAGUGUCUCCAGCGCCCACAGGUGCCUCUGCUGGAGGCAGCACAUCCCGUGCAGACAGAAGCUCUGACAGCUGGUACUCAGGGCCACAGCUGAGCAAACCAGGCAGGCUGUCUUCCCAGGAUAGCCAGCCAUUCUCCGGCUGCUCUGCGGACCUUGCCAUUAGCUACGACUCGGACCCAAAACCUGACAAUGGCCCAGUGGAGAAUGAGUAUGUGUCAGUGAAUAACCUGAGCAUCCAUGUGGCUGAGGGUCCCAGCGUUGACCUCCUGGCAGGCAAUUCUGAGCUGCGUGCUGCCCCCCAGCUCAGGGUAGAGGAGGAAGAGGAGUUCCAGCUUGAUAGGACCCUGGUGCCAAGGGCUCCAUGGGCUCCAUGGGCUUCAUGGCCCAGGGCGGCGGCUGCUGCUGCUGGGGUGCUCCUGGCCAUGCUCCUGGCUGUGCUGCACCGGCGGCGCCUGCUCCCGUGAGGCCCCUCUGCUCUCCCAGCCAUGUGUCUGCUCCCUUCCCCUCCAUACGUUUGGCCUGAGCCGGGGAGCUGGUCCCACCCACCUUGUCCCUUUCUUGGGGAUGGCAGAGGCUGGAUCAGAGGGGACUCGGGCCUGCAGCCCUGUGUGGAGGCUGUGCCAUUGCCAACUGAGUCCUAGCAGGCAACAUUUCCAUCCCAGCUGGUGUGCCUUGCAACUCCCCUACCGUCCUUAGCUUUCUGGGCUCAGGGCUGCCCCAUGCUCUCCAGACCUGCCACCUGGCAAUCUGGGUUGUCGCCCUCGUCCUCUGGAGGAGGUGCCUCCAUCCAGGCUUGCUUUCUGUUUGCCCAAGCCCAUGAAUCAGGAGGUGCUGCUGAAGAGUGCAGGGGGUUUGCAACACCCCAACCCCAACCCCAGUCCUGUCCUGGUCCCUGGCAGCUGACAGCGACUGUCCAGGAAGGGGGAUCCACACGUCCUCACUCCUGGCCCCCAGCAGCCCAGCCUGAGGCCGUUGUCCUCGAGAGCACCCGAGAGAACACCAGAGCUGCUUCUGGUCCUCCACGCAUGCCAGGCAAGGGUGGGGAAGAGGUCUGGAGGUUCCUCUGGGUCCCUGGGAAGCCUGAGACAGCUGCUAGGCCUCAGAAUACCCCCUAAGCCCCCUUUCCAGUUUGCUCACCCCCUUCUCCUCUUUCCCUUUCUCUGGUCCCCAUUCCCCUGUAGACUUGGGAGGGGCCCUUUGGGUUGGGACGGGGACCUUCUGGGCAGAGUUCAGGUUGAAGUUUGAACUUCAGCUUCACCCCUUCCUGUGCUGUGUUGCCUGGGAAGACUUCUUUGGUCUUGCUGCCCCACAUGGGCUGUAGCAUGGCUCAUCCUUCACUGGGUUCUAAUGAGAUUGAAGCAUACAGGUGUUUGUCAACUGCCUGGCCCAGAGCAGGUGGCCACUAAAUGCUUCUCCCACCUCUCCCCUGCCCACCCUAGUAGAGAUGAUGGCAGGAUAGGCAGAGUGCCCAAUUGGUAAGGGUGCAACUCUGCAGUAUAGGGUAGCCUAGGCCUGAAUCCCGCUCUGCCUCUCAUCACUCUGUGCUCUUGGGCAAGGUGUUAACCUCUGUGCCUCUGUUUUCUUAUCUGUGAAAGGGGGAUGAAUAGUAAAAAAUAAUAAGUAAAUAAAUAAGUAUAUAUAUAUUUCUCCUAGUGUUGUGAGGAUUAAAUGAGUUUAUAUAAAUCUUAGAAUGGUUCCUGGCAUUUACUAAGGGUGGGAAACAUGCUAUUAUCACUGCUCAAAUUAGAAGGGCAGGAGCACUUGGCUAUCCCAGUAGAGGCAGACUUGGACCCUGCUGCUACCCUUUAUAUUUGCCCUGUACUUUAUCCUGUGUAUUGGAGAAUUAGGGAUUGGGGAAGAAGGCAUAUCCACUGAGGCAACUGUGCAGGGUGAGGGCUGGGGUGCCCUCCAGCAGCCAGAUGGAUUCGGGGUAUCCUUGCGAGUUCUUUUCAGGAAGCCAUCACAGGACACGGGGCAAGCAAGGAGCCUCUGGAGCUGAUUCCAUUUUAGUACUCUGCAAGGGGCAGGAACUUGAACCCUGGAGAGAUGGGGAGUGUCACUGUGGCCCACCCCCAAGCUGUCAGUCUUCAGGGUUCUGCACCGGGCUUUGGUUGCUGCAGACUUUCUUUGCACUGCUCCAGGGGACUCCGGCAACCUCGACCUUUAAUAACCUCUACCUCUACCUCUGAACUUCUCUUCAGCCCUCACUCUGAUCCCAAUAAUUUGCAUGCUGAAACUAAGAGAGGUCCCUACCCAAGCUGUUUGUACAUCUCUCCAUCACCCUUACUCUUAAUCUAGUCUCUGCUUCACCCUCCCAGGUACCCAGGUCAGUCAGUAAACAAUUCAUGCACAGGUACUAGGUUUGUUUUUGUUUUUUUUUUUAAUUACCUUCACCCAAGGACUUUUUUUUUUCC